AUAGUCAAAAUCGCACGGCGCAGUAAAUUCCAGUCGAAAUCUCGAGUCACCUCCAAAGUCCAAACCCCCACCACCAUCUCUCUCUCUCUCUCUCCUUCCCAAUUCUUCCUCCGCGUACUCACUCUCUCUCCUCCCCUCACCUUCGAUCAGUCCACCAACACCUUUGACAACGAGUCCAUUUUUCAUAGUUGCAGAGUUAGAUAGCGAUACACAUAGAAAGAGCUAGUACAGAUGUAUAGAGAGAGAGAGUGUGUGUGAGGGAGAGGAAAUGAACACGAAGGGGAAGAAGACGCUGACGGCGGCCCUAAGCUGCUGGAUCUGCCACGGCAACUACGACGAGGACCAAAAAGCCCCUCUCGUCCUCCAAUGCGGUCACUGCUUCUGCAAGGACUGCCUCAUCCGAAUCUUCACCUCCUCCUCCCCUCCCACCGCCCUCCCCUGCCCCGAGUGCCGCCACGUCUCCUCCGUCGGCAACUCCGUCUCCUCCCUCCCCAAGAACUUCUCCCUCCUCCCCCUCCUCUCCCACCCCGCCGCUGAUGUCACAGCCGAUGUCACCGACUCCGACGCCAGCGACGAGGAAGACGAAACUAGAGGUAACCAGGACGAAACCCUAAUUAGGAAGACCAAGUUCCCCUGCCUCGACGUCUCGAGGCAGGGGAACUUGAGGCUGGUGCAGAAAUUGAGUGAUGGGAGGAGGGUGGGAGUGGAGGUGUGGAAGGGGGUGGUGGGUGGCGGUGGGGCCGGGCGCCAGGUGGCGGUGAAGAGGGUGAAGAUUGGGGAGGAGAUGGAUGUGGAUUGGGUGCUGGGAGAGCUGGAGAGGCUGCGGCGGGCGUCGAUGUGGUGUAGGAAUGUGUGUGGGUUUCAUGGGGCGAUGGUGGUGGAUGGGCAUUUGUGUCUUGUUAUGGAUAAAGGUUAUGGGUCUGUGCAGGUGGAGAUGCAGAGGAAUGAAGGGCGGCUUACCCUCAAGCAGAUACUUAGAUUUGGGGCAGCCAUUGCACGUGGGGUUGCUGAAUUACAUGCAGCUGGAGUUGUGUGUAUGAAUUUGAAACCAUCCAAUUUUCUUUUAGAGCAAAGUGGCUGUGCUGUGGUGUCUGAUUACGGUCUCCCGAUGAUUUUGAAGAAACCCUCUUGCCGAAAAAUUCGGGAACUUGAUGCGGCAAAAGGGCAUUGGUGUAUGGAUUGCAUGUUGUUGAGUCCGCAUUCUACAGCCCCAGAGGCAUGGGAGCCAUUAAAGAAGUCAUUGCACUUGUUCCGGGAUGAUGCUGUUGCUUUAUCUGCUGAGUCAGAUGCCUGGAGUUUUGGUUGUGCUCUGGUUGAAAUGUGCACUGGGUCAAUCCCGUGGGCUGGUUUAAGUGCAGAGGAAAUUUACCGUGCUGUUGUUAAGGAUCGGAGGCUGCCUCCUCAGUAUGCAAGUGUUGUAGGAGUUGGUAUUCCUACAGAGUUAUGGAAGAUGAUUGGUGACUGCCUACAGUUCAAGGCAACAAAGAGACCAACCUUUCAUGCAAUGCUUGCUAUAUUCCUACGCCAUCUGCAAGGGAUCCCUCAUAGCCCUCCAGAAAGUCCUAAGAAAGAACUUGCCAAAUGUACCCGAAUAGAUAGAAAGGAACUGUCCCCGACAUCUGUGUUGGAUUCUUUCCAGGUUAGGUCCAACUAUCUGCAUCAACUUGUUUCUGAAAGGGAUCUGAGUGGUGUUAGAGAUCUUCUUGCUAGGACUGCUUCAGGAAGCGAUAGCAGCUCCAUUAUUUCUCUCUUCGAAGUACAUAACAGUGAUGGUCAAACUGCUCUGCACUUGGCUUGUAGACGGGGUUUUCCGGAGAUACUUGAUGCCAUCUUGGAAUACAGUUUUGCAGAUGUUGAUGUCCCAGAUAGAGAUGGGAAUCCUCCAAUUGUAUUCGCGUUAGCAGCCGGAUCCCCAGAUUGUGUCCGUGCUCUCAUCAGAAAGUCUUCGAGUGUCAUAUAUCGGUUGAGGGAGGGCUGUGGUCCAUCUGUUGCUCACGUCUGUGCAUACUAUGGCCACCCAGAUUGCAUGCGUGAGAUACUAUUAGCCGGAGCUGAUCCUUAUACGUUGGAUGAUCGUAAUGACUCUAUACUACAUGUAGCCCUUUCCAAGAAAUUCACUGAAUGUGCUAUUGCAAUAAUGGAAAAUGGUGGCAGCAGAUUAAUGGGUGUCCGUAAUUCAAAACAAGAGACACCUCUGCACUUGUGUAUAGAAACAUUCAACAUCAGUGUUGUCCAAAGGUGGGUGGAAGUGGCGACUGCUGAGGAGAUCACUGAAGCAAUUGAUGUACCAAGUCCAGCUGGAACUGCGUUGUGUAUGGCAGCUUCCCUAAAGAAGGAUCGUGAGACUGACAGCAGGGAGCUGGUAAAAAUAUUGCUUGAAGCUGGUGCAAAUCCAGAGGCACAAGAUGCUCAAAAUUGGCGAACCGCUUUGCAUACAGCAGCCAUGGCUAAUGAUGUUGAAAUGGUUAAGAUUAUUCUUGAUGCUGGGGUUGAUGUCAAUAUAAGGAACAUGCACCAUACAAUUCCUCUUCAUCUUGCACUGGCCAAAGGUGCAAUUCCAUGUGUUGAAUUGCUUUUAGCUGCUGGAGCGGAUUGUAAUCUGCAGGAUGAUGAUGGUGACAAUGCUUUCCAUAUAGCUGCUGAUGCAGCGAAGUUCAUACGGGAAAGUCUUGAAUGCAUUGUUUUGAUGAUGAAAUAUCCAGCUGCAGCUAUUGAAGCAGUAAAUCAUAGUGGUAAGACGUUGUGUGACCUGUUGGAAGCCCUACCACGUGAAUGGAUUUCAGAAGAUCUAGUGGAAGCGCUCAUGGAUAAAGGAAUUCAUCUUUCUCCGACAGUUUUCGAAAUUGGGGACUGGGUGAAAUUCAGAAGAACUGUUAUCUCUCCUACACAUGGGUGGCAAGGUGCAAAGCAUGGAAGUGUUGGUUUUGUACAGAGAGUCCUCGAAAAUGACAAUCUUGUCGUAUCAUUUUGCUCUGGAAUGGCUCAUCUGUUGGCAAAUGAGGUUAUUAAAACGAUCCCUUUGGACAGGGGACAGCUUGUGCGACUUAAGGCUUCUGUUAAAGAGCCAAGGUAUGCUUUGAGAGGUCUACCGCUUGACAGUGUCGGGACUGUUCUUUGUGUUGACGAUGAUGGUAUUGUACGUAUUGGAUUUAAUCAUGCAUCAAGGGGAUGGCAAGCCGAUCCUGCAGAAAUUCAAAGAGUUGAAGAAUUUAAAGUUGGUGACUGGGUUAAGGUUCGCUCUAAUUUGACAGCCACAAAGUAUGGGCUUGGAGCUGUCACUCCCGGAAGCAUUGGGGUAGUAAGCUGCAUCAGACCUGACUAUAGCCUUUUGUUGGAAUUCAGCUAUUUGUCUAAUCUGUGGCUCUGUGAACCGGAGGAGGUUGAAUCCGCUGUGCCUUUCAGGAUAGGAGACAAGGUAUGUGUGAAGCGAUCUGUUGCAGAACCCAGAUUUGGUUGGGGUGGUGAGACGCAUCAUAGUGUUGGAAGCAUAAUUGAUAUUGAGAGUAAUGGUCGUUUGAUAAUUGAAAUAGCAAAUCGUGCUGUACCAUGGGAGGCUGAUCCUUCAGACAUGGAAAAGUUGGAGGAUUUCAAGGUUGGUGACUGGGUUCAUAUGAGAGCUUCGCUGCCCUCCCCUAAAUAUGGAUGGGAUGAUGUCACCCGGCUUAGUAUUGGCAUAAUCCACAGCUUGGAUGAUGUUGGUGACAUGGGCGUUGCAUUCGGCUUCAGGAGCAAGCCUUUCACUUGCUCCGUGACAGACAUGGAGAAGGUAUCAUCACCCUUUGAAGUGGGACAAGAGAUUCGUAUGAUGCCGUCUGUGUUGCAGCCACAGCUUGGAUGGUCAAAUGAGACUCCAGCUACCUUCGGGAAAAUUGCAAGGAUUGAUAUGGAUGGGACCCUGAACGUGACCGUGGCCGGCAGAGUUAGCAUGUGGAAAGUUGCUCCGAGUGAUGCAGAACGACUCCCAGGGUUCGUGGUUGGCGAUUGGGUUCGGGUGAACCAGUAUCUGGGAAACAGGCCAAAUCAUGAAGGGAACUCGGCUGGAAAAGACAUAUUCGCAGUUGUGCACAGUGUGCAUGACAUCUUCAAUCCAGAGUUGGCAUGUUGUUUUCGUAAAGGAAGGUGGGAUGUCCACCAUGAGGAUAUUGAAAAAAUCGAACGCUUCCAAACGGGGCAGUACGUUCGGUUUCGUUCGGGACUUGUGGAGCCAAGAUGGGGUUGGAGAGGUGCCAGCCCCAUCUCCAGAGGGGUUAUUGUAGGUAUAAAUUCUAACGGGGAAAUUAAGAUCUCCUUUUUUGGUUUACCGGGUUUGUGGAGAGGAGAUCCAGCCGAUCUUGAGGUGGAAAAGAUCUUUGAGGUUGGAGAAUGGGUAAAAUUGAAAGAUCAUGCUGGCAGGUGGAAAUCCUUUGGUCCAGGCAGUAUUGGAGUUGUCCAAGGAUUAGGAUAUCAAGGAGAUGAAUGGGACGGCACAAUCCUUCUUGGAUUUUGCGGGGAGUCGGAGUUAUGGGUAGGGCCAACUACUGAUCUUGAAAGAGCGAAUAGGCUUCUAAUCGGUCAAAAGGUUCAAGUCAAAUGUUCUGUGGAGCAACCGAGAUUUGGGUGGUCAGGGCAUAGCCACAACAGCAUUGGUAAGAUAACAUCGAUAGACGUGGAUGGAAAACUAAGGAUAUACACCCCAUCUGGUUCGAAGACUUGGAUGCUUGAUCCAUCAGAAGUGAAUUUGGUAGAGGAAAAGAAUCUGCAAGUUGGAGACUGGGUAAAAGUUAAGUCACAUGUGACGACACCAGUUCAUCAUUGGGGAGAGGUGACUAGGGAGAGUAUUGGGGUGGUUUACCGGAUGGAGGAAGGAGAGCUUUGGGUUGCAUUUUGUUUUUUGGACCGGCUUUGGGUGUGCAAAGAAAGUGAGAUGGAAAAGGUGAGAGGUUUCGAGAUUGGUGAUGGGGUGAGAUUCAGAGAGCGACUGAUAAGCCCUAGGUGGGGAUGGGGGAUGGAGACACCAGCGAGUAAGGGCCGUGUGGUUGGAGUGGAUGCAAACGGAAAGCUAAGAAUCAAGUUUAAAUGGAGGGAAGGGCGGCCAUGGAUCGGAGAUCCUGCUGAUAUUGUUCUUGACCAUAGCUCCUCAAAUGCCACUUCUUGAGGGACUCCUUCGAUCUUUGUGCUUCUAUGUGUAUGCUGUGUUUCCCCCUUUCCCAGAUAUACUAAUUUGUGCCUAUACUAUAAGAUACAGAGUGGAAGUUUGUUAGAGGAGCUAUGAGGGAUUGGAUCUCUCUCUUCCAUGCUCGUUCAGUCGUACGUAUAGCGAUUUCUUGAGUCUUCGAUGCAAAAUAUAGGGGCCUGUAUUUUCUUUUGUUCUUUAUUUUAGCGAAUCUUAUACGGGUAGGAUGUAUUUAUUGUUGAGUUUUUGCGUGUACCGGUAAUUAUGGACUUCCAAGGUGAACAUCGGGCAGGAAUAAGAUAUAGUGUCUUUCCUUUUCUUUUCCCCCAGUUAGAUUGCCAGAUUGUACUUGAGGACCCUAUUAUCCAUUCAAUAUCACAACUGAAACUAGUGGAUGUUUUGAUUUAUGAUCAGAAUUUGAAAGAUGAUAUUAGUAGAUUGAAA